GGUCAGUCCUCCCAAAUAUAUAAAAAAUUCAAGCUCUGGUUUUGCACUUCCAGCUUGAAACUUUUUCUGAAGGUUCUUUCAUUAGCUGUUUGGAAGAGAAAGAAAAAGCCACUUCUUUAAAAAUGGCUAUGGUAGCAGAAUUCCUCAAACAGGCCUGGUUUAUGGAAAAUGAAGAACAGAAAUAUAUUGAAACUGUGAAGGGGUCAAAAGGAGGACCAAGGCCAACAGAUAAUACCUACCCUAGCUUCAAUGCAUCUUCUGAUGUUGCUGCAUUGGAUAAAGCUCUAACUGUGAAAGGGGUAGAUGAAGCAACCAUCAUUGAUAUCUUAACAAAGAGAAGCAAUGCUCAACGUCAACAGAUCAAAGCAGCAUAUCAGCAGGCCAAAGGAAAGUCUCUGGAGGAUGCUCUGAAGAAAGGUCUUACAGGGCACCUGGAAGAUGUUGCUGUGGCUCUGUUGAAAACUCCAGCCCAGUAUGAUGCUGAGCAGUUGAGGGGUGCUAUGAAGGGUCUGGGAACCGAUGAAGACACCUUAAUUGAAAUUCUUACAUCAAGAAAUAACAAGGAAAUCAGAGAAAUCAAUAGAGUAUACAGAGAAGAACUUAAGAGAGAUCUGGCCAAAGAUAUCACCUCAGAUACAUCUGGAGAUUUUCAGAAGGCUUUGCUUUCUUUGGCUAAGGGUGACCGAAGUGAGGAGACUGGUGUGAAUGAUGAUCUAGCUGAUAAUGAUGCCAGGGCCUUAUAUGAGGCAGGAGAGAGAAGAAAAGGAACCGAUGUGAACGUGUUCAAUACUAUUCUUACCACAAGAAGCUUCCCUCAUCUUCGCCGUGUGUUUCAGAAAUAUACCAAAUACAGCCAACAUGACAUGAACAAGGUAUUGGACCUGGAACUGAAAGGUGAUAUCGAGAACUGCUUAACUGCUAUUGUGAAAUGUGCUACAAGCAAACCGACUUUCUUCGCUGAGAAGCUUCACAAAGCCAUGAAGGGUGCUGGAACUCGUCAUAAGGAUCUUAUCAGGAUCAUGGUUUCUCGUUCUGAAGUUGACAUGAAUGAGAUCAAGGCAUACUAUCAAAAGAUGUAUGGCAUUUCUCUGUGUCAAGCCAUCCUGGAUGAAACCAAGGGAGAUUAUGAAAAAAUUCUGGUUGCCCUGUGUGGAGGAAAUUAACUGGUGUUCAUUCUGAUAUACUCCAGCUUUAUCAUUAGAAGAUAUUAUCACAUUUGUACCUUGUAUUUACAAUAUAUAGCAUAGAUUCAAAGAAAGAAGUUUUUUUUUAUUUGUUUGUUUUUAAAGCUUGGAUUAUCAUUCAGUCAUCUGCUUUCUGGAAAACAUUCUUUUUUUUUAUCUCAAUACUGUAUAAUAUUGCUGAUUUAAAAAAAAAUAUUUAUCCAAAAACCAUGUACCCAAAAUGUGUACAUUUAACAACAUUAAAAGGUACAACUUUUGCCUAAGGACUUUAUAUAACAUGGAAAAUAAAGGAAAUAUGUAAAAAUGA